AUGGAUUGGCAACCCGAAGAUGAGCCAUUGAGGCAGCUGGCCUGCUGUCUCAGGGACUCGCUGAACAGCGUGGACCCCCAGCUCAGAAAACAAGCUGAAGAUAUGCUGUCGCAUGCGACUUCGUCCCCGGACUAUGUGAACUACAUCACAUACAUGUUCUCGACGCCCCAGGUGCCUCCCGCCGUGGCUGCGGCGGGUAUUGAUCCCAGUACUUACGGCAUUGUCCGUUUCGCCGCUACUAUGAACAUGAAAACGAAGCUCUCGCUGGCCUACAACACAAUUCCUCAGCAGAGUCUGAACUUCAUUCGUUCCGCCGCCUUGGUCGCCCUCCGAGACAACGACCGUCAAGUCCAGCGAGGUGUUGGUAGUAUCAUUACUGAGCUGGUGCAGAAGGGUGGGCUGCUGGCCUGGCCCGAGGUCCUGCAGGAGUUGCUGUCCCUCGUCGGGAAUGACCAAGGUAACGUCACCAUCGCUACCCAGGAGGCUGCGAUGGCGGCCUUGUUCAAGGUCUGUGAGGACAAUCGCAAAAUCCUGGACCGAGACUACUCUGGACAACGCCCGCUUGAUGUGAUCAUUCCGAAGCUGCUUGAGUUCACCACUCGCGAGAGCUCUCGCAUUCGUUCGCUCGCUUUGAACAGCAUUCAUGUCUUCCUCCCCCACAUGCCGCCUGCUCUGGUAGCCUCAUUGGACGUGUUCCUUUCGCAACUUUUCAGCCUCUCGGGAGACGAAGACACUGAAGUGCGGAAGAUGGUGUGCCAGUCAUUCUCGCAGUUGGUGGAGUUCUCGCCGGAGAAGCUCAUUCCACACAUGGAGGGUCUGGUCACCUACAUUCUUAUCCAGCAGCAAAAUCAGGAGGACCCGGAGCUUGCUCUUGAUGCGGCUGAGUUUUGGAUUGUUGCUGGUGAACAGGAUAGCCUUCGCCAGCCUUUGACUCCAUACAUGCAUAAGGUUAUUCCUGUUCUGCUUCGCAACAUGAUCUACGAGGAGGAGGACGUUAUUCGUCUCAUGGGUGAUGAGGACGAUGCUGAUGAGGAGGAUCGCGCCGAAGAUCUGAAGCCUAAGUUCGCCAAGUCAAAGGGUGCUCGUCUGGAUACAUCCAAGACCGGUGAACAGGCGGCCAAUGGCCAGCAGCAGCAGCAGCAACAGCAGCAGCAGCAGCAGCAGCCAGAGGAAGACGAGGAUGAUCUGAGCGAGGGCGAGAUUGAGGACUCCGAAUUCGGGGAUGAUCCUGAGGGCGAGUGGACCCUGCGCAAGUGCUCUGCCGCUGCACUGGAUGUCUUCUCAAAUGUCUACCACGACCAGAUCUUUGCGAUUAUCCUGCCCUACCUGAAGGAGACUCUUCGCCACGAGGAGUGGCCCAACCGUGAGGCGGCUGUACUCACCCUGGGCGCCGUUGCCGAUGGUUGCAUGGAUGCAGUCACUCCUCACCUCCCCGAGCUUGUGCCAUACCUAAUCUCUCUGCUGAAUGAUGCUCAGCCUGUCGUGCGGCAGAUUACCUGUUGGUGCCUCGGACGCUACUCAGAAUGGGCAUCACAUCUCCAAGACCCAACCCAGAAGCAACAGUACUUUGAGCCGAUGAUGGAGGGUAUUCUGACUCGCAUGCUUGAUAACAACAAGAAGGUGCAGGAAGCCGCUGCCUCAGCCUUUGCCAGCUUGGAAGAGAAGUCGGACGACAACUUGAUUCCUUACUGCGAGCCCAUCCUCCGCCAGUUUGUCCAGUGCUUCGGUAAGUACAAGGACCGCAACAUGUAUAUCCUCUACGAUUGCAUCCAGACUCUGGCCGAGUGUGUCAUGACCGAGUUGGCGAAGCCACAGCUUGUCGAAAUCCUCAUGCCUGCUCUGAUUGAUCGGUACAACCAUGUCACCGAUCAGUCACAGGAGCUGUUCCCGUUGCUCGAAUGUCUGGGUUACAUCGCUGCCGCAUACGGCGAUGCCUUUGCUCCAUUUGCUCCUCACCUCUUCCAGCGGUGCAAUAAAAUCAUCUACCAGAACCUCGAAGAGUUCAUCGCCUCUCAAAGCAACGAGGCCAUUGAUGAGCCUGACAAGGACUUCUUGGUCACUAGCUUGGAUCUGUUGAGCGCUGUAAUCCAGGCCAUCGACCCACAGAAGAGCGGCGAGUUAAUCGCAAACUCUCAGCCCCGUUUCUUUGACCUGCUUGGCUUCUGCAUGCAGGAUCCCAACUAUGAGGUUCGCCAGUCUUCUUACGCUUUGUUGGGUGAUUGUGCUAUCAGCAUCUUCCCGCACCUGGAGCCUUACAUCCCCACUAUCAUGCCGGUUCUCAUCAAGCAACUUGACCUGGACCUCAUUCGGGAUGAUGAUCGCUCAACGGGUUUCAGUGUGCUGAACAAUGCCUGUUGGUCCUGUGGUGAGAUCGCAGUCAAUGAGAAGGCUGCGCUUGCCCCCUAUGCUGACAAACUGUACCACGCCCUCCUUAUCAUCAUGAACAACGAGGAGAUCAUUGACUCCGUCAACGAGAAUGCUGCCAUGGCUCUGGGUCGACUCGGACUCUGCUGCCCUGACUCUCUGGCACCGCAGCUUCACGAUUUUGCUUCGCCGUUCCUGAAGUCCAUGAGCAAGAUUGAAUUCACCCGUGAGAAGGCGUCUGCUUUCCUGGGCUUCAACAACAUGGUCAUGAAGAAUCCUCAGGCCAUGGAGGCCUGCUUGGGAGAGUACUUCCAGUCAAUUGCGUCGUUCCCGACCAAGACGCUUUCACAAGAAGAGUAUCGGGAUAUCCAAGGUUCAUUCCAGCAGGUCCUGCAAGGCUACAAACAUAUGAUACCCAACUUUGAUUCGUUCCUCUCACAGCUUCCUGGCCCCGUGGCCCAAAAGUUGCGUUCAGCCUAUAACAUCUAA